AGAUGCAGAGCGAGAGAGUCAAUGCAGAAAGAUUUUUGGCAUUGACUGGUCCAUCAACAGGGGAGAGAGGAAGAAGAGAGGAAAAUGGUGGUGAAGGUGUUCGGGCCUGAUUGUGCAGCGCCGAAGCGAGUGAUGGUGUGCCUGGUCGAGAAGGGUGUCGAGUUCGAGACCGUCCCUCUCGAUCUCUUCAAGGGUGAGAACAGAGCCCCUGAAUUCCUCAAGCUUCAGCCCUUCGGAUCAGUUCCUGUGGUUCAAGAUGGGGACUAUACUCUGUUCGAAUCGCGGGCCAUCAUAAGGUAUUAUGCCGAGAAAUACAAGCACCAAGGGACCGACCUGUUGGGAAAGACGGUAGAGGAGAGGGGGCUCGUCGAGCAGUGGCUCGAAGUCGAGGCCCAGAGCUACAACCCACCGAUUCAUGACCUCGCCAUCAAAAUUGUCGUGGGCCCGUUAAGGGGACUCACCCCGGAUCCGAAGCUGAUCAAAGAGAACGAGGACAAGCUCCGUAAGGUGCUGGACGUCUACGAGGAGAGGCUGUCGAAGAGCAAGUACCUGGCGGGGGAUUUUUUCAGCCUCGCCGACCUGAGCCACCUCCCGUUCACGCAGUACUUGGUGGGCAAAAUGGGGAAGGAGUACCUGAUAAGGGACCGGAAGAAUGUAAGUGCGUGGUGGGACGACAUCUCGAGCAGGCCUUCCUGGAAGAAGGUCGUCGAGCUCUGGCCCGGUCUGUAUUAGGACCGUUUUAUUAGGCGUGCCGGAUGCACCCGAGUCCUUGGUCCAUGCGAAGGAGGAGUCACUUUCCGUGGACUAGCGAGUCUCUCCGUGCCUAAUUAGUAUGUUACUACUUGAUCCUAAUCGGAGGAUUCGGGGGAUCGAAUAAGCUUUGUUGAGUCUGAUUUGUAAAGAUCAUGUGUCAACUGGGAUCACUCCAGUGUAUUAUCCUGUCGCGGACCUUUCUGGUGUCGUCGGGCCGUGUUCGUGGUUAACUAGUACCACGACAGUGACUUCGGUGAAAUGAAAAAUUAACCACCUACUUAUCAAA